AGUGGCGCUGCGGAACCUACAUGCUACAAAUAGAAGUUGGGGCCCGCGAUGACAUUGGGUGUGCGUGUUCCACGUAAAAGUACCCCCAACGCGGAUAUAUAUCUGUGUCUAUAUUUCGACCAUCCACAGAGCACUUCCUCCACAGUUUAACCCACGAGGUGUUCGCUGUAAUUGGCACAUCCUCACAUUGACACAACAUUUAUCAUUGCUUAUUUCUAUUUCCCCUUUUCAACAGAUGCCUAUUUGCCUGCACGAGGUUCGUGCCUAUCGCCGUUGCAAUGUACCCUACCUCCCCUUAGUGUGCCGCAACGUAAAUGCAUUGCUGCUCGUGCCGUUCCGCCUCGCAACGUGGUGGAUGCACUUUAGCGCGUUACUCUGCGCCGCGCGAGGCAGCGAGCACAUGAUUCGCACCGCCUCUCUAGCCCACGGCUACGCUGAGGCCGAUUACCUAUUCCUUCGCCGGGCAACGGACCUGUGUCUUGCCGCCAGCUUUCUUUGCCUCUUCUUCAACGCGUGGGGCGUCGUGACGAGCCGCACGUUGCGCUUUGGCGUCGACAACUGGUUUCAAGGCUCCUGCCAUGCCGCGGCGGCCGUCUUGCUCAUCGUGUCCUGGCAGGCCACCGCGCACGUUGCGCGGCUGUGGCACGUCUUUUACAUUUUUUCUAUCAUUCCUACCGGGAUAGAGGCGAUUGCGCUGGCGCACUCGUACUGGCGAGGUUUAGAGUUUUACUGCUGA